AUGCGUUCUAUCUUUCUACCUGUUCUGGCAGGUUGUGUCACGGCACAGUUUUCGUCGCCGUCAAAAGCAUCGGCUCUCGAGCUCGGCAAGCAGAUUGAUAUCAAGUGGAAUACGGCUGGGCUGGAGGCACCGAUCGCGAUUAACCUGGUGCCGGCGGGUGUCGCAGGACGGACUGUUAUUGCACAGCAGGUGGCUGGUUUGUCCCCCGAACCCUUCGAAAUGAUCUCUACUAAUGACGAUACAGUCGGCAUACAAAAUAUUGGGCUGUUAACAUGGGCGCCUGAUCUUUCCAUUGCCGCGUUCCCCAGCUUCAACAUGGUCAUCAUCGACUCCAAAGCCCGCGUUGUCGUAUCAGAGGAGUUCACCAUACAGUCCCUCGUACAGCAGCCUGCUAUUGUGACGCGUCUCAUUCCUGUGGUCACGGAUCUAGUAGCUACGAAUAGCAUGGGAGUGGUGACGAAGCAGAGAGUGACAAGUAUGAGCAAGAUGCUGUUGCCCUUGCCUACCGAACCAAUCAAGCUGCACAUGUCGGGGACGCAGGUAGUUGACGCGAUGGUGACGGGCGUGAAUGAACAGGUGCCCAAGCCCACGCAGGAUGUGAAUAAAGAUGGUCAAAAGGAGGGACUGUUGCCGCUUCCCGGAGUCGAAGGCGAAGAGAAGCCGGUGGGAGAGUUGAAGCCUCUGCCUAGUGCUUCAGAUUCGACGACCACGUCAUCAGCCGAGCCGUCGCAGACGGAGGCCAAGAAAGAAGGCGGCAAUGGGGAUUCGGCGGCGGCUGGCAAGAAGAAUCAGGGUUCAAACAAGAAUAUGCAAGGGAAGCAAAAGGGGGGCAAUGGAAGCAAGAACAGGGACAAGCAAUUAAACUCUGGAAAGACGGGGGCAUCUGCCAAAUCUGGAGGCGGUAAGGACGGCAACAAGAACAACAACAAGGGCAAGACACAGGGUUCCAAAGCCAAAAAACCCAUGGCAAAACGAUCUCCGGAAGAUGACCAACUUCAAGCUCUUGACCACGAGGAUAUUGUUCGAACUCCCACACUGGCAUAG